CCUUGCUCUCCAAAAAUUGUUUACGGCCAGCCUCUUUCUUGUUUCCUGCCACUGACUGCGAAGGCGCCCAUUCAUCGUGACCACCGUCCCUUGCAACCGAACGAUACUACGGCGAGCUUCCCGACAGCCCUGGAAGCAUCUAUUUGAGCUAUAAUCGCGAUACGAAACACGGCAUCUCUACGGAACAGCUGUUGAUUGCAUCAGCCGGGGAUAGAAAGAGCUUGGUUUGGUGUUGGUGUUCGUUCGACUGGCUGUCGCAGGGCCAAGCAGAGGACAGGAGCCGCAGGAGAACCGAGAGAGACCUUUCAUCUCUCGACCUUCAAUUGCCUUCCACGAACAGCUCAAAGGACCCCCGCGACCUGGGAUGAGAUUGUCUGCUAUUAUAUUUGCUCGAUACCCCGACAAUGGAGCCCUCAACGCCCAUGCGCCCCAUCCCCGGCGCUUACAUUAACACUCCUGCGCCAAACACCACGCGACGACAACUCUUUACCAACAACCCUGGGAAUGGUGUGCCACCACCUAUGGCACUCCCACCCGCGAACCCAGUUGGCCCCGGCACUCAGGCUCUCGUGACAGGCCAGCUUCCGGCACCGCCUGUUGCCCGCGCAGACGUCCCUCUGAUCGAAACGGCUGGCCAUGUUGUCAACUCAAAUCUCCUCAACGAUGAGAGCUAUCCUGACCUGGACUCAUACUGCCGACCCGGCGCUUCCUCCGAGUAUGACAUCCAUCCGCCGGACAGGCCAUGGGCGCCUUUUCAAAAGACCCAUAUGUACCAAAUUCCUGACCAGAUCUUCGACUUCCUUAAUGGGGGAGAGGUCUUCACGAAACUAGGCCUCUUCCCAGAGCUCGGAUAUGCCUGGGCCUCCAUCGAUAGUUCGCUCUUCCUCUGGGACUACACGCAUCCCACGCCAGAACUCAUCGGGUACGAGGAAUUGACCACCACCAUCACCGCCGUUACCCUCGUUGCGCCAAAGCCAGGCGUAUUCGUCAAGACCAUUACACAUAUUCUUGUCAUCUCCACAACAACCGAUGUUGUUCUUGUUGGCGUGGCGGCCGAGACCAAUGCGUCGGGAGCCAAGAAGGUCACGCUCUACCAGACCAAGAUGGCUGUGCACCGUGGUGGCAGUGAUGUCAGUUACAUCGUCGGAACCGCCAAUGGGCGCAUCUUUGUCGGUGGCGAAACGGACACCGACAUCCACGAAAUUGUUUACCAGCAAGAAGAGAGAUGGUUCUCUAGCAGAUGCAGCAAAGUCAACCAUACCCAUCCCGGCUGGUCCUCUGUUGUACCACUGACCAACUUGCCAUUUGGCCCCCGGCCACACGAACACCUCGUGGGUCUCUAUGUUGACGAUACUCGAAACCUUGUGUACUCGCUAUCUGACCGGUCGACCAUCCGAACCUAUCACAUGGAGGGCCCCGAAAAGCUCACCAAGGUGAUUGAGAAGGACAAGACCAGCAUCCUCCGCGACUUUGCCCACCUGGCUGCCCCAUCACCUCUCUUCACCGACAGGACUACCAUUGUGUCACUCAGUCCCAUCACCGCCACCGAGACGUCGAAACUCCAUCUCAUGGCUCUCACCGAUACUGGCUGUCGCCUUCUUCUCAGCGCCACGAGCGCUGCUUCAUACACCAUCGGCGGUGGGUCAUCCACCCUUCCUCCUCAAAGUAUGCAGCUGCAGUUUAUCAAGUUCCCUCCCAGGGAGGAGUACCAACGGACUAGGGAUCACAGACUCCAACCUAUCGAGACGGUACUAGACAAGACAUCGCAGCUUCUUGAAAUUAGCGCAAUGGGUGUGCGCUUCCCUCCAGGUUACUUCUUUGACGUCGUCCGUGACAGGACCGCUGCUUCGGACAGGCUUUUUAUCUCGGCUCCCGAUACGGGCCGGAUCAAGUUGACACAGCCUACCUCGGCGCUGAAAUACUUUGAGCAGGGCACGUGGAUUGACCUCGGCGCCGGCAACCGAACCAUUGAGAUCGGUUUGACGACCAAGCCUUUCUCGGCAAACAGUCAGCCUCUAGGCUUCGGCAAUGAGCUCGCUGUUCAGUUCGACCAGGCUCCCGGGGAGUUUGCGAUUCUCACAAACACUGGCGUACACAUCAUUCGCCGGAGAAGGGUGGUGGAUAUGCUUGCGACUGCCCUCAGAUCUGUCCAAGGUCAGGGCGACGACGUGCUAGAGCUGGAGGUUCGCCACUUUCUUGCUCAGUACGGGAGAGUGGAAACCUGCUCGGCGGCGCUGGCAGUAGCGUGUGGUCAGGGCAACGACUCGCGGACGGGUAUUGGGCGAUCCUCGGACACCGGCCUUGCGAACCUUGCCCGCUUGGUAUUUGUGGAAUACGGUGGCCAAGCCAGAGUGGCGGAGUCAGACGGGCGCAUGGCCCCUCAGGAUUCUGUUAGGUUAUCGUCCCGUCACGAUGCGUUGGUGCUGUACUUUACCCGCCUUGUCAGGACACUCUGGAAAACCAAGGUCGUCACGAUUGCGAAGGACGGCAAGGAGGUGACCUCGACCGUAGACGUCAAGAAAUUGGUGCAGGUUCAGGAACAGGUCGACCGUCUGGAGAAUUUCUUGGAGACCAACAAGGGCACGAUCCAAGGCCUCUCUGGCCCUCCCGGUACUCUGACAAACAGAAAUGACGAGAUUGCUGCGCAAAAGGAACACCAGGCUUUCCACGGCAUGCGUCAGCUCAUGAAGAGUGUGACGGAGGGCAUUUCCUUCGUCACUAUGCUUUUUAGCGAGAGAGUUGCGGAUAUCUAUGGUCGGCUCGAACCUGCCGACCAACAAAGGCUCUCUCAGCUUACCUAUGAGCACCUGUUCUCCCAGAAGGCCGGAAAAGACCUCGCAAAGGUGUUGGUCAAAGCAAUCGUCAACCGCAAUAUCGCUAAUGGCGCCAAUGUGGAUACGGUCGCUGAUGGCCUAAGGAGACGUUGCGGGAGCUUCUGCUCUCCUGACGAUGUGGUCAUCUUCAAGGCCCAAGAGCAGUUGCAGCGCGCGAGUGACCAGGUUGCUAAUGCCAGCGCCGCUCGUCUGCUGCUGGCCGAGAGUUUGAGACUCUUUCAGGAGGUCGCUGGCAGUCUUUCUGCCGACAACCUCGAGAGGGCUGUUAACCAGUACAUCGAGCUCAAGUACUACGCCGGUGCUAUUCAGCUGUGCUUGGUGGUUGCCAAGGAAAAGGACCGGGGCAACACUGCAUUGACAUGGGUGAUGGACAACAGGCCGGCGAGUGAUGUUCGUGAGAGGGCGUACAAUGCCAGGAAGAGCUGCUACAUCCUGAUUCAGCAGGUUCUUGACGCGCUCGAGGGUUACCUCUCCACGGAGCCUGAGACGAUUGAUGGGCGCCAAACGGUCGCUGCCACCAAGAGGAAAGAGGCCUACGAUGUGGUUAACAACUCGGAUGAUCAAGUGUUUCACAUUGACCUGUACGAGUGGUACAUCUCCAAGGGCUGGAUUGAUAGGCUACUUGCCAUUGACUCGCCACACGUUGAGGCUUACCUUCAGCAGCUCUCUGAGCAGAAUUACACUCACGCUGACCUCCUCUGCCGGUGGUAUACUCACCGCAACUUCUUCUUCCAAGCGGCCCAAGUCCAAGCCAACAUUGCCAAGUCGGACAUGGCCAUCCCCAUCAAACACCGCAUCAAGCUGCUUGGUUUGGCCAAGGCGAAUGCCAGUGUCAACACUGCUGGCGUGAGCCGUCAGCAGCAACAAAUGUUGAACCAUGAGGUGUCUGAAAUGCUCGAGAUGGCGCACAUCCAGGAUGAUUUGCUGCAGAGAUUGCUUGCAGACGGCCGGAUAGACAACAGCAGGAAGGCCGAGGUCAAUGACCAUUUGAACGGGCCGAUCCUCAGCGUGAACGAGCUCUACAAUGACUACAUCGACCAAGCCGGGUACUACGACCUCAGCCUCUUGAUCUUCCACCUUGCCGACUUCCAAAACCACCGCGUCAUCGAGGAGACGUGGAGCAACCUCAUCCACCAGGUCCACAACGAGACGGAGAUCAAGACGGAGCUGUGGAACAAGCGCGACGGGAAUGGGGUACCUGCCGAGCUGCGGGAUCAGAUCCCCGAGGCUGAGCCGCCGAGGCCGUGGGAGUGUGUAGCGCAGAACGUGCAGAUUAUUGCUCACCGCGCCUCGCUGGACAGUCUCGUCUUCCCCGUCGACAAGGUCAUCCCGAUGGUGUGCGGUUAUGCGAUUGAGUACAACCAGGAUUUGGAGAGCCCUAACUGGCCGAUGGCGCUGUUUCAGCAGCUUCAUGUCCCGCAUGCGCUUAUUGUGCAGGUGUUGGAGGGGGUGCUGGAUGCGCAGGAGGUUCCUUUUGUGGGGAGGAAGAGGAAGAAUGUGGCUGGCUGGGUUGUUGCUGUUGUGGAGGAUUGGGUGACUUCGAUUCAGAUGAGGGGGGGGAGGAAUUCGGCUGAUGCUGGUGGGGUUGGGGUUUGGGUUAGUGAGUUGUUGGGACGGGUGGAUGCGUUGCUCAGGCAGUUUCAGUCUGCGGGGGCGAGGACGGAGGCGGAUAAGAAGUUGAGAGACGAGGCUGCGCAGUUGAGGGGGGAGUUGGCUACCGUCAAGAGGAGGGUCGAUGGGCUUGUAGCGGCGACGGCGCAGGGGGGGAUGGGGGGAAGUGUGAUGGGAGGUUUUGGUUUUAGGGGCGGAUUGGCUUAGGAGUCGACUGCUGCUGCCGAGGCUGUUGUGGAGAAGAAAGGGGUGUCACUACCGGGGCGAAGUAAACCCCGUGGGGGGUAUCACGAGGAGGAAGGGAGGAGGAAGAAAACGAGGAUGAGACUUGGGUAAACUUAUGUGGGAGUUUGAAACAUAGAUUGAUUUUAGGGGGAAGCGAGCGGGAAAAAAAGUCGAGAUGGGAAGGGAAUUUGGGAGGUUGUUGUUGUUAGGAGCAGGGCUUGUGUAGGCAGGGUUUUUGAUGUAAUGUGUUGUACAUAGUUAUGGUGUAGGGAUUGUUGGACUUUUUCAAUGUCUGGUUUUGUCUAGCUAGUUUGGGG